AUGCCAGCAUUUAGACUAUUAAGUUUGUUGGUAAGACGUAAACUGUUGCCUGGUGUCACUGUUUUUAUAACAUCACGACCCACAGCUGAACAUGCAUUUGAUAAACUAAAAUUUGACCGAACAGUGGAGAUCUUAGGUUUUUUUGAAGAGCAGAUCAAAUAUUACAUCGAAAAGUUUUGUGGUAAUGACAAGAAUACCUAUAAGCUGGUUUUGAAUCACAUUAAUAAUUCUAAUGAACUUCGUAGCCUCUGCUACAUUCCUGUCAACACUUAUAUUGUCUGCUUGACCCUAAAGGAAAGCUUUAUAAAUAAUUCUGACGAUAUUCCAAAGACAAUAACUGAAUUGUACAACAGAGCAAUUAAAAUCUUACUAUGGAGACACCAUCCUUCUCCCAAGAAAAAAGAAACGCCAAAAAAUCAUUUGACUAUCUCUUUACCAUCCUCACUUGAUACGGAUAUAAAAAGAAUAAAAGAAAAAGCAAAGAGAGGACUUGAGGAAGUAAAUUUGAUUUUGAAGAAGAGAAUAAUACAGAAUUUCAAGAUUUGGCAAAUUGUGGUGUUUUUCAUCAGAUACCACAUAAGCGACGCUUUUUAUUGUUUUCUUCAUUUAACUCUUCGGGAAAUUUUAGCUGCGUGGUGUAUUGUUGAUGAUUGGCAAAACCUUGGACAAUUUUUGGAUGAUCACGUUGCAGAUCCUAAAUGGCAUUUGGUGAUUGAAUUCAUUGCUGGUUUAGUUGGAGAUAUGAAGAAAAGAGGAGAAGUAGAGGAUAUUAACGUUGUUGAAGAAAGGUAA